UCAAAGAUUCCAUUUCUUCACUCAUUGCCUGAAGCCACAACUGGCUGUCUUCACUUUCAAUUGCUUCCCUCUAGGUCUUAGGUUCUGAAUUUUGAAUCUCCUCAGCAACACUCAAGGCAUAGCAAAUAAUAUCAGCAUGACCAUACCUCCUUGGAGGCUUUAUCACCCUUUUUUCUCUAUCUCUAGUCAAUUGAUAAUUGGACAAGUCAUGCUGAGUAACCAACUCUUCAUUAUCUCUAGCUUCUCCUUGAUCAGUGUGAUCAAUAACAUUUCCACUAUCAUGAUCUGAAAUCUCAGAAUGCUCCAUCUCAAAAUUGCUCUUGUUCUUCUUUCAAGUCAAACGCUUCGAGGAUUGCAAUUUGAGGACUUGCUUGGUGCCCCUGCUGAAUUGAUUAGGAGGGGAAAGCAUGGAAGCCUCUACAAGGUUAUGCUCGAUAAUGUGGUGCUGUUGGCAGUGAAGAGGAUCAAGGAUUGGGGGAUUUCCAAGCAAGAUUUUGAGAGAAGGAUGAAUUUGAUAGCCCAAGUGAAGCAUCCACGCGUAUUGCCACCCGUUGCAUACUAUUGCUCUCAGCAAGAGAAGCUCCUAGCAUAUAAAUAUCUGCAGAAUGGUAGUCUCUUCAUGUUGCUCUAUGGAUCUCAAAGUGGCCACUCUUUUGACUGGGGAAGCAGACUAAAUGUUGCUGCUAAGAUAGCUGAGGCUUUGGCAUAUGUGCAUGAGGAGUUUCUUGAGAAUGGAAUAGCACAUGGUAACUUAAAGUCAAGUAACAUUUUGUUUGGCAAGAAUAUGGAUCCAUGCAUAAGCGAAUAUGGCCUAAUGAUGGCAGAGAAUCAAGAUCAAUUUGUCCAUUCUCACAACAAAGGUCUCAAAAGCAAAGAUCUAAUUGCAUCCAUCUUCAAAGCUGAUGUACAUGCCUUUGGUUCGAUACUUCUCGAGCUGCUGACAGGGAAAGUAAUUAAAAAUGAUGGAUUUGAUCUAGUCAAAUGGGUGAAUUCAGUGGUCAGAGAGGAAUGGACUUUUGAAGUUUUCGACAAGUCCCUAAUCUCACGAGGUGCUUCUGAAGAGAGAAUGAUGAGUUUGUUGCAGGUAGCACUAAAAUGCGUUAAUCCUUCUCCCAAUGAUAGGCCAAGUAUGAGCCAAGUUGCAGAGAUGACAAAUUCUUUGAUAGAGGAGGAAGAAAAAUCCAUAUCCUUUGACACAUGACCCAAAGUUUAGUUAUAUACUUCUACGCAUCAGAUUAAAAAAUAAAAUAAAACAACUUCUUUCAGGAAGCAU